AUGGCCGUGGGCAAGAACAAGCGGCUGUCCAAGGGCAAGAAGGGCAAGGGCAAGAAGAUCGUCGACCCCUUCACCAAGAAGGAGUGGUAUGACAUCAAGGCGCCCGGAAACUUUUCCGUGCGCAACUGCGGCAAGACGCCGGUGACCCGCACCACGGGCACCAAGAUUGCGUCGGAGAUGCUCAAGGGGCGCGUGUUCGAGGUGUGCCUCGCGGACCUGAAUAAGGACGAGGACCAGCACUACCGGAAAAUCAAGCUGCAGUGCGAGGAGGUGCAGGGCCACUCGUGCCUCACGCAGUUCUACGGCCUGACCUUCACCACGGACAAGCUCCGCUCGAUGGUGAAGAAGUGGCAGUCCCUCAUCGAGGCGCACGUUGACGUCAAGACUUCGGACGGCUACGUCAUGCGCCUCUUUUGCAUCGGCUUCACCAAGAAGCGGCCCAACCAGCUCAAAAAGACGCAACUGGGCCACAGCGACGAGCAGACCCAGCUGCUGCCGAAGAAGGGCGAGACCGUUGCUGGCCACCGCGUUGAGAUCGAGAAGGCGUGCCAGGGCAUCUACCCCAUGCAGAACGUGCACAUCCGCAAGGUCAAGAUGCUCAAGAAGCCUAAGUUCGACCUCACCAAGCUGCUCGAGGCGCACGGUGACUCGGGCCCCGCCGCCGCCGCCGCCGACACGGGCGACAAGGUGGAGGUGGCCGCCGACGCGGACCCGGCGGCGCGGCCCGACCGCGGCGCCGUGCUGUAA